AUGGAAACGUUUCUAAACCGGCUGAGUCGUACACUUUGUGAAGCAGUCAAUGAACAGGAUAGACGUGUUGCUGAAGAGACGCUUUCAAAAUUGAUUGACUCUAACCAGUGUCUGCAACAUUGUCUUUUGCUUUUGGAAAGUGGAGAGCAACCUUAUGCACAAGUUGUUGCGAGUGGAGCUUUGAAGCGCUUGUUAAACAAAAAAGUCAGUUUGAGCCUUCAGGACCGUCUUGAAUUAAGUCGUUAUUUGUUGAAAUACCUUGUUGACCGUCCUUCUCUUCCUCUCUACAUUCAGAACCCUUUGUGUAAAUUGUAUGCUUAUUUGACCAAAAUUGGAUUGUUGGAGAAAGACCAGACUGGAACAUUUCAUUUUCAAAUGCCGAUAGAUCAAAUUUUGACUUUGGCCAAGGAGCCUACAGCAGAAGGAACUAUAGGCUUAAAGUUGUUAAAUUCUUUGGUCGAAGAAAUGAAUUUGGAGGAAGGCUUUGAAUCUGUUAGCAAGCAAAGAAAGAUUUCUGGUUCUUUUAGAGAUACUCGACUUUUGGAUAUUUUUAUUGUUUCGUUGGAUAUUCUUAAACAAGCUGCUGAAGCAAAAACUUUGAAUGACUCUAUGUUAUCAUAUAUCACAUUAGCACUUGAUCUCUCCUUUGCUUGUACUAAUUAUGAUUUUUCGGGUAUUGUAAAUGAUGAGACUUUGGAUGAGGGCAAUAAUGUCCAAAUACCUACAAAAUGGCGGCCAGGUUUCCUUCUAAAAUUUGGACUGAAAAUUUUUAUUUUUUCAGUUUUGGUAGAAAAACAAGUUGUUACAAUGUUUUUUGAUCUCUAUUUUGUUUUGCCUGAACAAAUUAUUUCUAAAGCUUUUUUAACUUUGGUUCAAUUAGUCUCUAUCCGCCGUCUUCUCUUCGAUGGUGUUGAUCGUCUCAAAUUUUUGGAUUCUUUUAUUUGCGGGUUAAAAAGGGUGCUGGAAAGUCCACAAAAACUGAGCUAUCCGGUUUGUAAAUUUUUUUUUAAUUUUUUUUUAUUUUUUUUUGAAAAGUUGUUACAAUUUCUCUUAACCUUUGUUUUAGUCCUUUUGUAUAUUUUUAUUAUUGUGUUAUUUUCUUUUGUUCUUUUGGACAAUUUCCACCAAUUUUGCCGUAUUUUAAGCCGUUUAAAGGCUAACUAUCAAGUCUCAGAAUUAGUUAAAUGUGGAGAUCAAUUUAAUAAUUUGUUGGAAUUAUUAACAGUAUUUACUCAACAAAGUCUUCAAAUGUCUCAUUUAUUUACCCAAAGCAGUAUUUUUUAUUUAAUGUCUUUUUGGAGUAGAAUGGCUGGUUCGCUUACUUAUGCGAGGGUUGAUGUUGAUUUGAUUUCGGCUGCUAUCCCAAAAGUAUGUUCUGCCUUUAUCCGUUCGAGAGUGUUGUUAUCUGAGAAUGUUGUUAGAGGAAAUAUUGAAGACCCUCUCGAAGAUUUGGGUUCAGUUAAGCAAUUAAUGGAGCUUUUUACUGUUAUAUCCCGAAGUGAUUAUAAAACAUCGGUAGAAGAGUUGGUCAGAAAUUUUGAAGAAAGUUUGGGUGUUUUGUUUAGACAGGGAGUUAGUAAUCAGGAUCAAUUAAUAGCCAGGAAACAAUUAAUUUGGUUAAUUACAAUGAUGGCUGCUGGCAUAAAUGGGAAAGGUUCUGCUGGUUAUGGGGAUGAUGAAGAUGUGUAUGAUGGAGAAGUUGUGUUUAGAGUUUGGAAGACAAUGCAAAUGACUGACCAACGCUUAGAAAGUCAACAACCCGGUGCUGUUGAUAUUCAAUUAGAAUUUGCUUAUAUUUAUUUAAUGGAUGAAUUUAGAAGAACUUGUAUUACAGACCAAGCUGUACGGGAAAGUAAACUUUAUGAAAAACUUGCUCCUUUGGGAAUUAAUGAUGAAGUUGGUGUUUUGAGGUUUUUUGCUCAGAAAAUAAUAACAAAUUUAAAAUUUUGGGGAAAAGAUGAAAGAAUAUUAAAUUCAACAUUAGCUCUUUUAAAUGAUUUAACUGCUGGUUAUUCAAAUAUUAGACGUUUAUUAAAAACACAAGAAAUUCAAUUAUUAUUGAGGAAUCAUGCUGUUUUUGAUUUUGUUGCUACCAACGAAGAUAUUUCUAUAAUGCGUUCUAGAACAAAUUUUUAUUCGUCUUUGAUGCGUUUAGUCAAUAUUGAAUUGGAGGAAGAGCCAGCCUUUUUUGAUGAAUUUAUGGCUCCGAUUACAGUUAAAUUCAAAGAAAUUUCUGCAAUAUUUCAAAAUGGCAAUAUAUCCUCUUCUGUUAAUGAAACUCAAAUUCGAAUGGCUGUUAUUGGAUUUAUGCGUGAUUUGCGAGGAAUUUCUGCAUCUUGCACGCGGAAACAAUUUUAUUUGAAUUUUUUGUUGUGGUGGUAAGUUCUGUUUUGUUUUAAUUAAAUUCUGAUUUUUAUCUACUAUAGUCAUUUUUGU